AUGAACAAUCACUCGGAAACUCUAGAAGAACAGGAAAUGCCAUAUGACAUAACCUAUAGAGUUGGUGUAGCGGAAAAUAAAAACUCGAAGUUUCGUAGGACAAUGGAAGAUGUUCAUACGUACGUUAAAAAUUUUGCAUCAAGAUUAGAUUGGGGUUACUUUGCGGUAUUUGACGGGCAUGCUGGGAUUCAGGCCUCGAAAUGGUGUGGUAAGCAUCUUCAUACAAUUAUAGAACAGAACAUUUUAGCUGAUGAAGCACGAGACGUCAGAGAUGUAUUGAAUGAUUCAUUCCUUACCAUUGACAAAGAAAUUAAUACCAAGAUUCUAGGAAACAGUGGAUGCACCGCUGCUGUUUGUGUACUACGGUGGGAGCUGCCAGAUGCAGUUUCUGAUGACUCAAUGGAUUUAGCCCAGCAUCAAAGAAAGUUAUACACAGCAAACGUAGGUGAUUCUCGAAUAGUAUUGUUCAGGAAUGGAAACAGCAUAAGAUUGACGUAUGAUCACAAGGCUUCUGACUCCUUGGAAAUGCAAAGAGUUGAGCAAGCAGGCGGGUUGAUAAUGAAAAGUCGUGUAAAUGGUAUGCUAGCAGUAACGAGAUCGUUAGGCGAUAAGUUUUUUGACACUUUAGUAGUGGGAAGCCCAUUCACGACAAGUGUGGAAAUCACCUCUAGGGAUAAAUUUCUAAUAUUGGCAUGCGAUGGACUAUGGGAUGUUAUUGAUGAUCAGGAUGCAUGUGAACUAAUCAAGGACAUUAAUGAACCUAAUGAAGCUGCGAAAGUCCUGGUUAGAUAUGCUUUAGAAAAUGGCACAACCGAUAAUGUGACAGUAAUGGUUGUCUUUCUCUGA